AUGCAGAUUGGUUUACAACUACAAGGCCAAUUUCGCGUGGUUAAUUACACAUCAGUAAAGUCACUUUGCCAUGACAAGGGCAAAAACACAAGCAGCCAGAGUUGCACGUCGAAUCCGAAGGCCCUCGUCAAGGGCUCGAAGGACGAGCCUAUCGGUGACGACGACCUUGACGACGUGCCUGCUCAGGUUGCAUCGGGCUCGAACGAGCCUGUGACGGACGCCAAGAUGGAAGACGACGUCGUGGAGAUCGUGGAGGAUGAGGCGGGACCUUCAGGCCAGGCUGCCGAGCGGCCGAAGGCUGCCGGCGCUCCGGCACCCAACGUCAAGACUGCCGAGCGGCCGGCGACCAACCGCAAGACUGCCGAACGCGCCGGCUCGGACUUCACUGCUGACAUGGCCACGCUCAUGGCGGGCAUGACCAGCAUGCAGGAGGAGAUGGCGCGCUACAACACGCGCAUGGAGGAGCAGACUACCGCGCUCCACGACCUUGUCAAGACCGUCCGCGACCUCAAGAAGACCAUGGACCAGGCCACUACCGCGCUCCACGACCUCGUCAACAUCGUCCACGCCCUCAAGAAGACCAUGGACCAGGCCGUGGGAGAAGAUGACGCGCCCGCUCAGACGGAUAAGGAGCGCUUCGGGUGGACGUACGAGCCGAAGCCUCGGCGGGACUUCGACUCGGACUCGGACUCGGACUCGGACUCGGACGACUUCCCGGACGACAAGGCCUCGGAUAAGGACGAGCCCGAGCGACCCGUCGCGCGCGGCACCAAGGCUGCCGAAGCCGCUCAGGUGGCGGACGAGGAGAUGGCUGUGGACCAGGAGGAGGCGACGCAGACGGAUAGCGCGGGGGGUCCUCGGCGGGACUUCGACUCGGACUCGGACUCGGACUCGGACUCGGACUCGGACGACUUCCCGGACGACAAGGACGCGGAUAAGGACGAGCCCGAGCGACCCGUCGCGCGCGGCACCAAGGCUGCCGAAGCCGCUCAGGUGGCGGACGAGGAGAUGGCUGUGGACCAGGAGGAGGCGACGCAGACGGAUAGCGCGGAGGGUGUGACAGCGGCCGAGAUUCUUUCUGGGCUGCUGCUACCCCCGAGCAAGCGGUCUACAAUGCUGCAGGCGCGUUCUUCGAGGUCGGCGUCUGCCGCACCUACCACGGCACUCGACGCCUCUCAACCGGCCCCUACUCAGCAGGCGCCGUCCACAUCGACUGCUGAGCCGACGCCUGCGACGGCCCCCGUUCCGAGCACGCACGACAAGAACGUCGCGCCAGUCGUCGCGUCCAAGAACACGCCCCCGUCACCGCCUCCUCAACCCCAGUCCGCGCCGCAGCCAUCGGCACCUCAACCUGCGCCGGCAGGGGUGUUGGACAAAACCAAACCCACAGGCGACGUCACCGAGGAGGGCGCGAAGAACCCAUCGGCACCUCAACCUGCGCCGGCAGGGGUGUUGGACAAGACCACACCCACAGGCGACGCCACCGAGGAGGGCGCGAACGUUGGCGCGGCCGCCAGCACUUCCCGUUCGGAGACCGCGCCCGGCACACCCGGCACGUCCGGCACGCCCGGCACAUCCGGCGCUGACGGCACACUCGGCGCUGACGGCAGCAAGGUUGAUGUGCAGAAGGAUGGCGAGGAAGGGGCGAAGGAGAAGGAUGGCGAGGAAGGGGCGAAGGAGAAGGAUGGCGAGGAAGGGGCGAAGGGGAAGGACGGUGAGGAAGCCGUGCAGAUGCAAGUCGACGAUGUGGACAAGACCGUCGAGCCAGGACGUGCACGCUCCACUACGCCGACGACCGCCAACAAGCCUACGCCGCCACCUUCCCCGCUCUCCGAUGGCACUCCCUCCCGCGAGCCAACCCCUUCUAGGGAUGAACUCCCCCCCGUCAAACCUGCACCUGCCACCGCCUCGCCCGUAGAGGGAGUGUCGGCGCCUACCCCGGCAGCCAAGUCGCCCGGAGAGCCUGAGGGGGAGGCUGGGAUGAAGCGCCUCCCUCCUCCGAGGAAGCGGACCGAGAACAAGGCAACAGCGAAGGAUCCUCCGCCCUCUGCUCCCGCCACCGACGCUAUGGCCGUGGAUCCCGACGACACCACGGACCCCGAUGUUCCUGACUCGGCGGAGACGCGCCGUCGCAUUGCGGAGGGGAUAGCGAAGCGUAGGGCUGUGGCAACUGAGCCGACCGCGGCUCCCCCUCCUAGGCGCUCUAACCGCAACCCCGCCAAGGACGCGAAGGAGCCGGAGGCCAAGGCCAAGGAGUCGACUCCUCCUGUGGCGAACGCGGGCAAGCGCAAGCGCAACGACGUCCAGGAUGAGGAGGAGACGGGCCCUGCGCCCAUGCUGGACGACGAGGACGAUCAGCCGGCGAAGAAGAAGAAGGCCUCAUCGAAGAAGGCGGCUUCGCGCAAGGAUGCCGAGGAGCAGGAGCUGGCGCCCGAGGAGGGGGAAGAGGAUGCGGAACCUGAGGCGGGCAAGAAGUCGCGGGGGAAGAAGCCGCAGGCGAGGAAGACCCCGGCGAAGACUCCCGCGAAGGCGCCCGCGAAGACCCCGGCUAAGAAGACUGGGGAGAAGGGAAAGAAGUAA